ACACUCACACACGGCCGCGGCUGGACAUGCACACCCAGCGCCCGCUGCCGGCGCCUACACUCGCAGGUGGUGACACUCACCUGAGCCGGGCUGCAGUCGCCUCGGGAGCGGCGGAGCGACAGCCUGGGCCCGGAAGGGGCCCCGAGCAGGGAAAGCAGGAACAGCCCCAGCACGGAUCUGCGAUCUGAGGUGAUAGCACGUUUUCUUUAAUCCCUGUCCUCCAGGACCUGGAUCCCCGCACCCAUCCAGCCCGCGGCGCCCGGAGCAGCCGGGACCCAGGGGCUCGCGGGCGCGGCAGCCACACGGGCGCACGCUUCGAGGCGCGCUCACCGAGAGGGGCGCGGCUGAGCCCGGGCCGGAAACUUGGGAGAAGUUAGUUGCAAGUGUCUGGCUGUUGCAGCUGGAGCAGAGGGAAGGCGCCCAGGCCUGGCUCGCCGCGCUGCACCGAGCGGCCCUCCACGCCUGGAGUGCUCUGGGAGCCCGAGACCGUCAGCGCUCCCGGGGGAGCUGGGAGCCAGCGGAGCAAGCAUGGCCCCGGGGACAGCCUGCACCAGCGAGUCGGAGAGCCCGGACAGUCUCCACUGAGGCCCGGCGACUCCGGCUAACUCAGAAUCUCAGCUCACCUCCUUUCUCGCCUCUCCUGCGCCAAAGCCGGGGAGCAAGACUCUCGAGGCAGGUGCCCGGGGACAGCGCCAGCCCUCAGAGCUAUAGGAUUGGGGGGGGUUCCAUCAGCGCGCCCUGACCCCAAUACAGAAGACCGGCCGCUGCCGCGUUUGUGUUUCCAUCCGUCGCGUUGCUGCUCUGCGCGCCCCGACCCUCCCCCUCCUCUUCCUCUUCGCGGCCACCCCUCCCCCACUCCCAUCUGCUUCUGUCAAAUGAGAAAGUCACCGGGGAGAACCCAAACACUCCAGCCGCCGAGAGCCCCCUUUGGCACUUGGCAGCACGCGGCGGCGGGCUCCUCGGCUCAACUUGCUGGAUGCUCCGUCGCUCAACUUUCGGGGCUGCUUGGCAUCUAAGGCAUUGAAGACAGAGGAGACCGGAGAGCUGAAGCAGGCAGUGGCCACCUGCAGGGAGUUGGCGAGCCAAGGCAACGGGACAGAAGGACAAAACGCAGAGGGCAAAGUGCCACUGUGGAGUGGGGACGCCGCCGAGAAGUUCCAGGGUCCCGGAGAGGAUUUCUUUCUUAGAGCUCGGCCAGACAGACUAGAGCGACGCGGGACGCAGCGCCCGGGCCCUGGACUGGUCGUCUAGUCCCUUCUUAUCGUGCGGGAGCGACGCGGGGACGCACGGCCGCCCGCUGAACCGGUCCCCGCUGGCAGCCAACAUUGAUUUUCUGCGGGCGGAGGGCCCCGGUGGUGGUGGCGGCGGCGGCGGGCUGCAGCCGCGGCACGGCGACAGCAUGUCCAAGCCGGUGGACCACGUCAAGCGUCCCAUGAACGCCUUCAUGGUGUGGUCGCGGGCUCAGCGGCGUAAGAUGGCCCAGGAGAACCCUAAGAUGCACAACUCGGAGAUCAGCAAGCGCCUGGGCGCCGAGUGGAAGCUGCUCACCGAGUCUGAGAAGCGGCCGUUCAUCGACGAGGCGAAGCGCCUGCGAGCCAUGCACAUGAAGGAGCAUCCCGACUACAAGUACCGGCCGCGGCGCAAGCCCAAGACGCUGCUUAAAAAGGACAAGUUCGCCUUCCCGGUGCCCUACGGCCUGGGCAGCGUGGCGGACGCCGAGCACCCGGCGCUCAAGGCGGGAGCCGGGCUGCACGCGGGCGCGGGCGGCGGCCUGGUACCCGAGUCUCUGCUCGCGAACCCCGAGAAGGCGGCCGCCGCCGCUGCCGCCGCCGCCGCGCGCGUCUUCUUCCCGCAGUCUGCGGCCGCCGCCGCUGCCGCCGCUGCCGCCGCCGCGGCGGGCAGCCCCUACUCCCUGCUCGACCUGGGCUCCAAGAUGGCAGAGAUCUCGUCGUCGUCGUCCGGCCUGCCGUACGCAUCGUCGCUGGGGUACCCCACGGCGGGUGCGGGCGCCUUCCACGGGGCGGCAGCGGCGGCUGCAGCGGCCGCGGCGGCCGCCGGGGGGCACACGCAUUCCCACCCCAGCCCGGGCAACCCCGGCUACAUGAUCCCGUGCAACUGCAGCGCGUGGCCCAGCCCGGGGCUGCAGCCGCCGCUCGCCUACAUCCUGCUGCCAGGCAUGGGCAAGCCUCAGCUGGACCCCUACCCCGCUGCCUACGCGGCCGCGCUAUGACCCCUCGGGGACCUGUGCACACACGUGUACAUAUGUAUAGGUACGAAACUCGCGGCCGGGGUGGCCGGUUUGUAUGUACAUAGAUGUAUAGGUGUCAGGCAGAGGCGGAGAUGCCAGUCGGGGCUUGAAAGGCCGAGCCCUCGAGGGCGCGGGCGAGAGUGCGCGUGGAUUCGCAGGAUCAUUUUUCCCCAGCCGCACUUCUGCAGCCAACUUUAAAGAGAGCGGUUGUUAGCGCCAGCAGUUGGUGUUUGCUUUGCACUUCGGAACCUGUUGCGUUUUGACCCACAGAGGUGGGAGGAGAAACUUUAUGACGUGUUGGGCUUUCCAGUUUUGUUGGUUGGAUUUUGCUUUUUGCGUCUCAUCCUUCCUCCCCUCCGGUCCCACUUGGUCCGUGUUGCAUGCGCUCGGUUCUGAUGUUCGGUCUGAAAUAGCUGGCCAAGGGGAGAGCCGGUGACCUGUGUCGUUAACUUCUUAGAGUAGGGUGGCUGUGCUCUGGACAGCCUUACUCUCCAUUUGUAUACUGUUGAACACUGCAGAUCUCUGCAGAACACACACCGGAUCUAUUCUUGACCAGUGCGUGACCAGCUCGAAUCUGGCCUUUUGUAUGAGAGAUGAUCACCAUUCCUUUUGUUUCAUCCCUUGUGCAAAUCAAAGCAAGACCUUUUUCCCCCACUUCUUCCCCAAGAACAAGAAAUGCAAAGAAAUACGUGCGAGGUGGAAGUUGUCAGUUCGAUAUUCUACCCCUGAAAUAUCUACUAGAAGUCUCUCUGAGUCCGCUGGCUUGGACUUGUGACGCAGUUUACGAACGUGUGGAAAGUACACAUGCUAUUUCCCCUCGAGGCUGAGUUCACCUUAAGAUUGUAAAUGUGUGUAUGUCAGUAAAAACAUUGAAUCUUGGGAAAUGUGUUAUUUUCGUUGCCCUAAAUUUGAGUCGGUUUUAGACUCAAUACACGUUGAGCAAAUGUCAAAGUUAACUUUUAAGAAUUGCGGAACUUUCAGAGUCGCAAUUUUAUCUAAUAUUAAAUCAGACUUUUUUGUCUGGGUCGUAACUAUAUAUUUAUUACUUAACAAAACUGGAAAAAAAAACAGAAAGAAAGCACAGAAUUGUUUUUGAAAGAUGCCUCUCAUCAGCUAGCAUUCCUCUCCCGAGCUGAACUGUUUUGACGUGUUUUCAGAGCUCCCUCCCCAGUUAGCUCAUUUUCUAGACCGCCUGCAAUUCACUUGCAAAUUAUGAUAAAACACAUUUUAGGGGAAAAAUACUUCCUCAAAUUAAAGCUUUUUUUUUUUGUUCCUUUUUAAAUGUAUAUAUUUUGACUAAUGUUUGUGAAUGAAGUUGCUAACAUGUAUUUAGUUUCAUUUUGGCUUUAUGUAAGAUAAAGUUUUCAAAGUUUAAAUAUUGGUUUUAACCUUUAUGUGUAAAUGGUUUUCUUGUGCGAUCUUCUAAUUUAAUAUUAGAUGCGUCUACGCUCUAUCUGUAAAUUAGAACCCUACUACCACUCUGUUCAUUUUUUUUGAACAAAGAGUUUAAAUAAAGCCUGAACCAGGGAAAAGAAAAAA